AUGGCGUAUCGAAGACCUACUGCCCCUACUGCUCGGUCUGACAAUUUGGAAAAUUUGGUAAGACAGGUUGUUAAUCAUCCCAGUUUCCAAGAUGCUGUUAAUAACAGUACUAGUCAGCGUGUAAAUGAAAGUAUUUCAAGCAGUAGCAGUGAAUGUCAUACUGAUGGAAGUUGCGAACCUUCUGUCAGUUCUGUCUAGGGUUCUGCAACUUCUGUGCAGGCUGGACUGAAUGUUGCGAGUUCUUCAAAUCAGAACAGCGCCAGACGCACACCACGUGAGGAGCUUCAAGCAUUGUUCCACAGAGGGACUUCUAAUUUUCAGCAAAGCCUUCCUCAAUUUCAGCGAAGAACUAGUUGGGGCCCCUCGCCCUCAUCCAGAUCCCGAUCUGGAAGUCAGGGAAAGCUGAAGCCUUACACUAAUACUAAUAGCAGCAAGGGCAAGAACUCGAACAAAAAAACAACAUUUGCCCGGGAAGUUGUGCUUCUUCGUCGUCCGUCAGAUUCAAUGGUUCGAGGUGGGGCUAAAGCGGAACUGCAGCGUUUGGGGCACGUUAUAAGCUCAUUUGAGUUUGAUAAGUUAUGGUCUGCUAAUGAGGUGCAGGAAAAACUAGAAGAGGCAUUCAAGAAGCCUCUGGAGAGUAUUGACGGUGUUUUGGACAAUCAGUCGAAGUAAGUACCUUAAAUUUAAGCAUAAAUUGCAUGAACACUUUGUCAUGCAAUGAGCCCUACCCACUCACCCCAUGGGAAUUGCAGACAAAUUUUAAUUUUUUUAUACCAAAUUCAUGUCAGUCUCUCUGGAAAAUUAGACAUGUCAUGUAUACCUCCAUGGAAAAUAUUUUAAAAACCCUGAAAUUUUCUAGGGGGGGGGGAUCAAAAUUUGCAAUAGACCAUGGACAUGGUAAUGCAAAACACUGGGUUUGGGAAUCAUAUAAAUUAUUUGAACAAUAAUCACUUUUACAAGAAUUAUUUGCUAAUUUAGUUGUUAAUUUUUCCAGGAUCAAGAUCAUGAUGGGCAUGGGAAAUGAGCUAGUGGAACCACAGAAAUAUUCUGUUUAUCAUUUCACCACCAAACUUUGACUGGUGAAAUGAUAAACAGAAUAUUUACUCAAAGAACCAUCUGGUUGUUAACAUGCAUGUCUUUAAUGAGCUCUGAUGAUGACCAGGAACUGUUAUUUACUCAAGUAAGAUUAGUUUAAUUAAUUAUCCCAAAUUAAAUUAAUAAAAUUGUGUUUGAAUGUGGAAAAUGAAACGAGUGAUGAGUUUGCUGUUCUAAAAGACUUCUAAUCUGUGCAUAUUAAUGCAGUACAUAUUGCAUCUUGGAAUUUGUGUGUAUCCAAAUGCCAUUCCAAGACAAUGUUGUGCUUUUUUAUGUUUACAGGCCUGAGAAACACAUCGUAAAUCUUGUGUGAUUAAUUAUAAAUUAUAGUUACAAAAUUGAAACUAGGUCAAGGUUCUAAUUGUAUUAUGACUAAUUUAAUUAUCUGUUGUAAUCAUUUUUAAUAGUCUUAUAAAUAUCAGUACAUGGCUAAAAGGCUUUUCUUAACCCUUUUUCUUGUACUUACAAUAGGAGGAGGUGGAGGUAAUUGAAGACAAUAAACCAGUUUAUCAUGAUCCUGAAUUAGUGUAAGUGUUUUCUGUUUUCAUGUCAGAUAUUUAAGGCCUAGUAUUGACUGCAAUGCAACAAAAAGGAGAGGGCUGCAUUAUAUGUAUUAUUCUAUUCCGACUCACCACUUGCUAAAGAGUUUAAAUGUAGAUUCAUGCAUGCUUUAAAAGCUGUGAAACGACACUCUAAUCGGGGGGGGGGGGUUAUAUACUAAGCAACAUAAAAUACUGUAAAUUUAACUUCCAGAAUAUGGAGCCUAUAUUUAAUAGAAAGUAUGGAAUGCCGUACAUUUAAUGCAAUUUAACUUAAUUAACUGAUGACCAGAUCAGCAAUUUUCAAUUAGAAUUAUACAAUGAAUUUUUGAUGUGAGAAAUGGUGGGGUGUAAUCUCUGCUGCCAGCUUGAAAGUAUAAAGAUGUGGGUUUUUGGGCUAGCUCCCCUCCCUCCCUAAUGGAGCUUGUUAGUUUAGACGAAGUCAGAAGCCAUCCCAACUCCCAAGUAAAGUUAACUUUAAUUAGGCUAAUUUAGCCAAUUAAGUUGGUACUCAGUCAUAUAUCAGCAAAAUGAGCCACUGGGUUCUCAGGUUAGAGUUACGGUCUGGAUUACCAUUGAGUUGGGGUGUCAUGUCUGUGCACAUACACUAUACACACAAGGAUUGAAUGUGUUUCUAUCUUUCCUCCUAAAUUUUGCUUUUAUUCUGUACUGUUUGAAGUAUAUUUAAAAUGACUCUUAAUUGGUAUGUGUUUGGUGCUAUGAAUUUAGGUCCAGUCAAGAUGAAGAAGAACUUGUAUCUGAAAGUUCUUUUCAGUUGAGCUCGAGUGACAUAAGAAGGUAUGCUGAAGCAACAUCUACAAAUACAAUGAAGACUAACCACCAAGCAGAUGACUGCAGCACCAGCACAGUGCACCUUCAACAACAUGGUGAAAGUGAUCCACUGCCCUCCAGCUCCUUCGAAAGCAAAGUGAAUUCAUUGAAGGAAAUGUUUCCUGGUGUCAGCAUUGAAUGUAUCACACAAGCUCUGCACGAAAACAAUGGAGAUGUUCAGAAAGCUGUUAAUACUCUCCUUGGAAAUAUAGGUUUGGUCUUGAAGAACUUCUGAAACAUUAAAUUGCAGUCCACUUUUGCCAAAAAUGCAUGCUGAAGUGCCAACAUUUGUUAUAUUAACUUCUUAAAUUUUUAUACUGCUUGUACAAAAUGUUUCAUGAUAACUCGACCAUACAAUACGACAGCUAGUUCACUGCAAAAUGCGAACUAAGAAAUAGUGGUUCAAAGUUUGCCAUUUUGUUCUAUCUCUAUAUAGUACAAAAUGGCAGAUUUUCAAACUUUGCUUCACAAUAUAUUCCAGUGAAUGGUUGUAUUUUGAAGUUGUGCUAAUAUAUAUUCUUUUCAAACGGAACACAUGCAACUCAUGAUAAAACACUUUUAAGUAACAUAAAUUGUAAUCAUGCCAAUAUCUUCGCUACAUCACUGCAUGAUGAUAUGUUCUAAUGUCCAUGGAACACUUUACGUCAUAGCUAGAUGGAUCGAUCGUGAAAAUCAAAAUUACAACCAAAUUGGCACAUACCAUUGCACACCAUGUAUUUUUGGCAAGCGUGUUUUAUUUAAGCAUUUCUAUAAUUAUUUUUUGUUAUUCAUUUUUGGCACAGAUGAGGAUUUGGAUAGCUCCAGUGGCAGUGAGGAAAUACUUCAACGAAGUAUAUGGGAUACACCUUUAGCAGCCUCCAAAAUUUUGUCAUCAUCAAGUGAUGCACGAAUAUCCUUGCAAAAGUUUGUACAGUAG